UCCUUCGUCAAGCUUUCGUAUCGUCUCUCUCUCUCUCUCUCGCUGCUUGUCUCUUCUUUAUAAAUAAAAAAUUUCUAACAUCGCCGGCUAACUUAUCUAUUCGAGUAAACAAAAAUGGCGGCAUCAUUUCUUCCGUCGGGGCGGAGCACAGCAAUCGGGCUGCCUUUUCAGCGUCGCCGGAGGAUUUCGGCGAAUUCAUUUCCACUUGUAGUGAGGUCGGCGGGGGGAGAGGGGUCUCCGGCCGCGGAGCCCGACCUUAGUGUUAAGGUCAACGGUCUGGAGAUGCCUAAUCCGUUCGUGAUCGGGUCCGGACCGCCGGGGACUAACUACACCGUCAUGAAGAGGGCCUUUGAUGAGGGUUGGGGCGCUGUUAUUGCCAAAACAGUGUCCUUGGAUGCCUCUAAAGUUGUGAAUGUAACACCUCGAUAUGCAAGGCUUCGAGCAGGAUCAAAUGGUUCAGCCAAGGGACAGAUCAUAGGAUGGGAGAAUAUUGAGCUCAUUAGCGACCGGCCCCUUGAAACAAUGUUAAAUGAGUUUAAGCAAUUGAAAAAAGAGUAUCCAGAUAGGAUACUUAUUGGCUCAAUAAUGGAAGAAUACAAUAAAGAUGCAUGGCACCAACUUAUUGAACGAGUUGAAGAAGCUGGAGUGGAUGCUCUGGAAAUCAACUUCUCAUGCCCUCAUGGAAUGCCAGAGAGAAAAAUGGGUGCGGCUGUGGGACAAGAUUGUGCAUUAUUGGAGGAGGUUUGUGGUUGGAUAAAUGAAAAGGCCACUGUACCUGUUUGGGCUAAGAUGACUCCUAACAUAACAGACAUUACACAGCCAGCAAGGGUAUCUCUGAAAUCAGGUUGUGAAGGGAUUGCAGCUAUCAACACCAUCAUGAGCGUAAUGGGGAUUGAUCUGAAUACAUUACGUCCAGAACCCAGUGUUGAGGGGUACUCGACACCUGGGGGUUAUUCCUCCAAAGCUGUGCAUCCGAUUGCACUUGGAAAAGUAAUGCAGAUCGCACAAAUGAUGAAAGCAGAAUUUAGUGAUAAAGAAUAUUCUCUGUCUGGCAUUGGAGGAGUAGAAACUGGCAAUGACGCUGCUGAAUUUAUUCUGAUUGGGGCAAAUACAGUUCAGGUGUGCACGGGGGUGAUGAUGCAUGGCUACGGCCUCGUGAAGAAGCUCUGUGAUGAGCUGAAGGACUUCAUGAGAAAACACAAUUUUUCUUCAAUAGAGGAAUUUAGAGGGGUCUCUCUUCAGUAUUUCACCACCCACACUGAACUGGUUAGAAGACAGCAAGAGGCCAUCAGCCAGCGAAAAGCUAUUAGGAAGGGCCUGCAGUCUGAUAAAGAUUGGACAGGCGAUGGAUUUGUGAAGGAAACAGAGAGUAUGGUUUCUAACUGAUGAAUCCUUUCCUCUUUUCCAUUCUUGCAAAGAACUGAACUGUUGAUAAGGGGGAGAAAUUAAUGUAUUUCCAUUGUUUCAGCUUGAGUAACUUGAAAGAACUGAAUUGUGUAUGACUAUUCUAAAUUAGAUUUUAUGAUUGUUUUUUUUUUUUUUU